UGUCGACCGUCAGGGGCUAGCGCCCGCGAUCCUUUUCCCAGAGUGCUCUGCGCUGUGAAGAAGCGGCUCCCGAGCACUGGGGGCAUUUUGUGUUGGCUGGAGCCGGAGUAACAAGAUGGCGGCGUCGGCGGAGUGACAGGGGUCCCUCCGGGCGGGAGCCGGCGGCAGUGGUGGCAGCGGUAUCGCCGCCCUAACUCACCGCUCUCCUUUUCCAGCCCGCGACGUCGCCGCGAAAGUGAGGCAGCGGCGGCCGCCAGAAGCAAGUGGCCCAGCCUGGUUACCGUGAGAACCCCCUCAACAAUCUGCGGCCUGACAGAAAGAAACCUGACAGCAGCGGUGAUUAGGUUCUCCUUGGCCGACUCUGGGCCCUGUAACGCCGAGAAAAGAGCCAGCGUUUUCCUGCCGCCCUUCGGAGCCUUGCUCCGUGGACGAGCCCUAGAGGUCUCCCGUUCUCCCCUUAGAGGUGUCGGGGCUUAGCCCCAGCCUCCAUCUUCGUCUCUCAGGAUGGCGAGCAGCAGCGGCUCCAAGGCCGAAUUUAUUGUCGGAGGGAAAUAUAAACUGGUACGGAAGAUCGGGUCUGGCUCCUUCGGUGACAUUUACCUGGCGAUCAACAUCACCAACGGCGAGGAAGUGGCAGUGAAGCUAGAAUCUCAGAAGGCCAGGCAUCCCCAGUUGCUGUACGAGAGCAAACUCUAUAAGAUUCUUCAAGGUGGGGUUGGCAUCCCCCACAUACGGUGGUAUGGUCAGGAAAAAGACUACAAUGUGCUAGUCAUGGAUCUUCUUGGACCCAGCCUCGAAGACCUCUUCAAUUUCUGUUCAAGAAGGUUCACAAUGAAAACUGUACUUAUGUUAGCUGACCAGAUGAUCAGUAGAAUUGAAUAUGUGCAUACAAAGAAUUUUAUACACAGAGACAUUAAACCAGAUAACUUCUUAAUGGGUAUUGGGCGUCACUGUAAUAAGUGUUUAGAAUCUCCAGUGGGGAAGAGGAAAAGAAGCAUGACUGUUAGUUCUUCUCAGGACCCAUCUUUCUCAGGAUUAAACCAGUUAUUCCUUAUUGAUUUUGGUUUGGCCAAAAAGUACAGAGACAACAGGACAAGGCAACACAUACCAUACAGAGAAGAUAAAAAUCUCACUGGCACUGCUCGAUAUGCUAGCAUCAAUGCACAUCUUGGUAUUGAACAGAGUCGCCGAGAUGACAUGGAAUCAUUAGGAUAUGUUUUGAUGUAUUUUAAUAGAACCAGCCUGCCAUGGCAAGGACUAAAGGCUGCAACAAAGAAGCAAAAGUAUGAAAAAAUUAGCGAAAAGAAGAUGUCCACACCUGUUGAAGUUCUAUGUAAGGGAUUUCCUGCAGAAUUUGCCAUGUACUUAAACUAUUGCCGUGGGCUGCGCUUUGAGGAAGCCCCGGAUUACAUGUACCUGAGGCAGCUAUUCCGCAUUCUUUUCAGGACCCUGAAUCACCAAUAUGACUACACAUUUGAUUGGACAAUGUUAAAACAGAAAGCAGCACAGCAGGCAGCCUCUUCAAGUGGGCAGGGUCAGCAGGCCCAAACCCCCACAGGCAAGCAAACUGACAAAACCAAGAGUAACAUGAAAGGUUUCUAAGCAUGAAUCAAGGAACAGAAGAAGCAGAGCAGAUGAUCGGAGCAGCAUUUGUUUCUCCCCAAAUCUAGAAAUUUUAGUUCAUUAUGUACACUAGCCAGUGGUUGUGGACAACCAUUUACUUGGUGUAAAGAACUUAAUUUCAGUAUAAACUGGCUCUGGGCAGCACUGGUGAUGCUGUGUCCUGAGUUGUAGCCGCUGUAAUUGUGAAUAUUAACUGAGAUAGUGAAACAUGGUGUCCAGUUUUCUAUUGCAUUUUUUCAAGUGGAAAAGUUAACUAAAUGGUUGACACACAAAUUGGUGGAGAAAUUGUGCAUAUGCCAAUUUUUUGUUAAGAUCUUUUAUUUUGAACUAUACUGCUUUGAGAUCUCAUUUCAGAAGAACGGCAUGAACAGUCUUCAGCCACAGUUGUGAUGGUUGUAAAUGCUCACAAUUGUGCAUUCUUAGGGUUUAUCCAUCCCUGGGGUUUGCAAGUUGUUCACUUAAAACAUUCUUAAAAUGGUUGGCUUCUUGUUUGCAAGCCAGCUGAUAAUGGUAGCAACCAAAGAUUCCAGUGUUUGAGCAUAUGAAAGACUCUGCCUGCUUACCUGUGCUAGAAAUAACAGCAUCUAAAGUGAAGACUUAAGAAAAACUUAGUGACUACUAGAUUAUCCUUAGGACUCUGCAUUAACUCUAUAAUGUUCUUGGUAUUAAAAAAACAAGAAAAAAGCAUAUUUGUCACAAAAAUUUAGUUAACAUCUUAAACUGAACAUGUAUGUAUGUUGCUUAGAUAAAUGUAAUCACUGUAAACAUCUAUAUGAUCUGGGAUUUUGUUUUAUUUUGAAACGGGAGCUUUUUUGUUUACAAGUUCAUUAAAAAGUAUAAACUGUU